AUGGCGCAGUUCUUAAGAGGCAAGCAAGCUGGUAUCCAGCGAGAUUUGUCGGAGGGUCUCUCCCCGGACUUCUUCGGGCUUGACGAUUUUGCGCGAUGCGGUGUCAACUCCCAAAUCAGUGCGGUCACCUAUGAUCCGGUUCAAUCUCUUCUCGCCAUUGGAACGAGUGAUACUCAAUUUGGAAGCGGUCAGAUCUAUGUCUUUGGACAGCGGCGCGUGUUGGUCGUCUUUGACUUUCCGCGCAAGGCCUCGGCAAAGUUCCUCCAGUUCUGCGCUGGCAAGCUCAUCAGCGUCGACUCUAAGAACGAAGUCUGCAUUUUCUCAUUGGAAAAUAAAUGCUUGGUGACAUCAUAUGCGCCGCCGGGUCAAGCGACUGCCCUCGCAACAGACCCAAGUCUCGAUUACGCCUUUAUUGGCUUGUCAAAUGGCGAGAUAAUCGCUUAUGAUCUCGACCGAGAGACUUUGACGCCAUUCAAGAUUCCGAACUUAUGGUUGGAACGCAACCCGCGAGCCCGGCUUUUCCCUGUCAUCUCCCUUGAAUUCUCUACGAGAGAUAUCGGCAAGAUUCUCAUCGGCUAUCCGGAAGGAGCUGUCACUUUUUCAUUCAAACAAAAUGUCGCGCAAAAGUAUUUUGUCUAUGAAGUUCCCACUGGUGCUCCGGGCGGGGACCCCGAGAUGUCCUCCGCGGGUGUACGUCGACCAAAAUUGACCCAUGCCGUGUGGCAUCCAAACGGCACUUUCGUUUUGACUGUCCAUGAGGAUACCAGCUUGGUCCUCUGGGAUUCGAAGGAUGGCCGAAAGCUUCAUGCCAGAACUAUUCAGGCCACUAAUGUUGAUCAGCCCGGUGCUUCGGGCCGGCCCAGCUCGGCAGACGUGCCGUCUGGCCCUAAAGAGCCCAUUACCAGGGUCAAGUGGUGUGCUAAAGAUAACCCUGAUGAUACUGGUCUUUUAGUUGCCGGUGGCAAAAGCGCCGGGGAUCCAAAUAAGGGCCUCACUUUCCUCGAUAUGGGGCCGACUCCGAACUACUCGACGUCAUCAUGGCAAAUCUUGGCCGCAUAUUUUGAGAGAACUCGCCGAGUCAUCAAUCUUCCUAUCCCUACGGGUGCACAUGCUGUUGAUUUCUGCCUUGUCCCCCGGGCCUCUCCGUAUUUCGCAGGGGCCCAUGAUCCAAUUGCCCUGAUUGCCGUGCUUUCCUCGGGCGAACUGGUCACAAUGAGCUUUCCCAGUGGUCAUGCGAUCACUCCAACUAACAUGCUUCAUCCAUAUCUAUCCUUUGUCCAUCCGUUUGUGAACAAAGCUACCCUCACACCGGUUGAUCGCAACGCGUGGCUGGGAUUGAAGGAACGCCGGGCACAGGGACCCCGGUUUGUAAUCGGAGGCGCAGAAGCGAAGAAUCCCUUGAAACGCUUUGAGAAUCGCAAUAUAAUAUCCACUGCUCAUGCUGAUGGAACAAUCCGCCUCUGGGAUGCUGGCCAUGAUGAUGAAAUCGAAAAUGGGGAAGUUAUUCAAGUGGACCUGGCCCGGGCCGUUGGUCGGGUACGUAACGUGGAAGUGACCGAGAUGUCUCUCGCAAGCACUACAGGUGAAUUAUCUGUUGGGCUCCGUAGUGGAGAGCUUGUCGUCUUCCGAUGGGGUAACAAUGCUUCACACGGCAAUGAACAACCUCCCGGUGUCAACCAAGGACCAGGGACUCUGACUCCGGUCACUCAUCGGACGGAUCCCGGUCUCAAGACUGGACUACUACCUUUAACCCUUUUGGAUAUGCAACAGGGCCCCGUCACAGCCCUGAAACAUAGCCCUGUGGGCUUUGUGGCAGCGGGAUUCGAGGGUGGUGGUUUAGUUAUAGUCGACCUGCGCGGUCCUGCAAUCAUCCAUACUGCACAUCUUUCUGAAUUUACCAAGGCUUCGAAACGGGGUAGUUUCCGAAAGACUCGUGGCUCAGAUGAUGCUCCGGCCGAGUGGCCUACAGAAAUUGAAUUUGGCGUGAUGACUUUGGAAGGGGAAGAAUACUCUAGCAUCUGCUGCUUUGUUGGCACGAGCCGAGGAAAUGUGGCAACUUUCAAAAUUCUGCCGGCCUCUAAUGGCACUUACACGGCGUCUUUUGUCGGAUCCUCUGCAGUGGACGAUAAGGUCAUCAGCCUGAUUCCCAUCGAUGCGGAAUCCGGCGGCCGCGCCCUUGCAACACCCAGUGCUGUUGGAGGAUUGCGAAACGGUAUGAAGAUCAAUGGUGUGGUGAUCGCUGUGACUGUCUCGGGCUGUCGGAUCUUUAAGCCCCCGACUGCCAAGGGUGCCUCUAAGACCUGGGACGAUUACCUGUGCGACUCCGCGGCGCUUGUCAAGUCGGAGGGACGGGGCUUCAGUCUGGUUGGUCUAUUUGGUGAUGGCAAUACUCGUGCCUUCUCUAUUCCUGCUCUCAGAGAAAUUGGGUGCAGCAAGAUUAACCACAUUGCCGAUAUGCGCCGACUCUCAGAGGCAUGCAUUACACCCACAGGCAGUGUCAUGACCUGGACUGGUCCUUCGGAGGUUGGAUUGUUCAAUGUCUGGGGGUCUGGGAAUAAAUUGAGUCCGUCACAGGACCGUCUCUACGACCCUGAGAAGAUCAUCCCGACACGGCCAACAAUCACAAACAUCCAGUGGAUCUCCGGGACUCAAUAUAUAUCCCCAGCGGAUAUGGAUAUUCUGAUUGGAGGACCCGAGCGCCCACCGUCCAAGCGCAUGAUCGAACAAAUGAAGCUCGAAGAACAAGAGCGCCGCCAAGCACUCAGAGAAGGCCGUGCACCCCCGCCAGAACCCCAGGGCAAUGACGAAAGCUACUGGUCAUACAUGUCGCGCCAAGUCCAAGAACGCACUGAACGUCUAGGUAUUGCUGGAGACACCAUGGAUCGUUUGGAAGAAAACAGCAGCAACUUCGCCAGCGAUGUCGGCAAGUACGUCCAGACCCAGAAGAGGAAGGCUGUCUUUGGCGUAUUGGGCUCCAAGUUCGGACUCUAG